AUUUUAAUUAACAGAGAAACAGGGUAGUUGAGUUUUCACCGUAGAACUCGGCCACAUUGCUGUCUGACGGGUUACGCGGCUCCCGAGAAAUCCAAUUGCAACGGCGGUUCGCUCCCUUUCCGGUCUCUGCGAAGUCAGACUCACUGUGUUCACGACGAACGCUUCUUUACAUUAGAUUUGAGAGCGUUUCCGAUUCGCCAUGAUCCCCAACUUCGUUUUCCUUUCAGGUUAAACGAAUUUGACCUGAUUUUCGCUUCGUUCAAGAGUAAUGGUUUGAUUCCUUUCAUCUGAUUGGUCUUCGUUUUCGUGUUCUUGUUCGGAUUAUUUACAAUGCAUCUGGAUUCGUUGGGCUGGUGUUCAAUCGAUUUCCUCCCUCCCCUGGAGUUCUUUCUUGGCUCGUCUUAGGAGUUUUUCCCUUUUCGAUUACUUGAUCGUUUCUGCCAUAUCAUUUCCGAUCGUUGUCUCAGUCGUCGCUUUCGGAUUCUUUCUUUUCGUUUGUUUUCAUAAUGGCCUAUUCAGCGCAGUCUUCCCCUGGAUUCUCUGCCAACUUCCCAGCCCCGCUAUCCGAUACUCCAACGCCUAGCGCUGAGACAAAUCCAAUGCCUUCGCCUUUAAUCUCGACAGGAACGUCAAGAUUUCCUCCAAAUUUCCAACCGGAUCGGAUGCCAUCUCCUUCCAUCAGAACGCCAGCCGCACCCUCAUCGGCAAAUGGAAUUAAAACUGGCAGUCCCAUUCCUCAUUUGAGUACUCCCCCUGGACCUCCUAUUUUUACUUCUCCCAUCCGGCCUGCUGCUGUGCCCUUUCGUACUUCACCGGCAUCUCCCCAGGCAAUUGUCUUCUCUUCUGGUUCGUCCUUACCAGCUUCUACACCUCCACAUUUUUUGAAUGCAUCGACCGGGUUGCAACACCAGAUAUCUGAUGUUUCAGAGGACUCGGUGCCUCUUGGGGAAUCGCCAUAUGUUCUAUUUUCUUCGCAGAAGGUGCUGAAGCAGAAGAAACAAGCUAAUGUUCCUAGUUUGGGUUUUGGAGCACUAGUUUCUCCUGGGAGGGAGGUUUCAUCAGGUCCUCAAGUAAUACAGCGUGAGCCCCAUCGUUGCCCGAGCUGUGGAGCUUAUUCGAAUCUGUAUUGCAAUAUCUUAAUUGGUUCAGGUCAGUGGCAGUGUGUAAUUUGUCGGAAGCUGAAUGGAAGCGAGGGGGAAUACGUAGCGCCAAGCAAAGAAGAUCUUUGUCAUUUUCCGGAACUGUCAUCAUCUAUGGUUGAUUUUGUGAGAACUGGGAGCAGGAGACCAGGAUUUAUUCCAGCUUCUGAUUCAAGAACGUCUGCACCCGUUAUUCUGGUUAUUGACGAGUCUUUAGAUGAGCCUCAUCUGCAGCAUCUCCAGAGCUCCUUGCAUGCUUUUAUUGAUUCAGUUUCCCCCACAACAAGAAUUGGAAUUAUACUGUAUGGCCGUACUGUAUCAGUAUAUGAUUUUUCAGAAGAAUCUGUUGCCUCUGCUGAUGUGCUUCCUGGUGAUAAAUCGCCAACACCGGAGUCUUUGAAAGCGUUAAUUUAUGGAAUGGGGAUAUAUUUAUCACCAAUGCACGCCUCACUCCCUGUAGCACAUACAAUAAUUUCAUCACUGAGGCCUUACAAAUCAAGCAUUCCAGAAGCCUCUAGAGAUAGGUGCCUUGGUACUGCAGUUGAAGUUGCUCUUGCCAUAAUCCAAGGACCUUCUGCUGAAGUUUCUCGAGGAGUGGUUAGAAGGUCGGGGGCUAAUAGUAGAAUUAUUGUGUGUGCUGGUGGACCUAAUACAUUUGGCCCUGGGUCAGUUCCCCAUUCUGUCGGUCACCCAAAUUACCUGCACAUGGAAAAAACUGCUUUAAAUUGGAUGGAACAUCUUGGGGGUGAGGCUCAUCGACAAAAUACGGUGGUUGAUAUUCUAUGUGCUGGAACUUGCCCUGUAAGAGUUCCUAUCUUGCAGCCUCUUGCAAAAGCUUCUGGUGGUGUUUUGGUUCUUCAUGAUGACUUCGGGGAGGCCUUUGGUGUAAACUUGCAGAGGGCAUCUGCUAGGGCUGCAGGCUCUCAUGGUUUAUUAGAAGUACGAUGUUCUGAUGACAUUCUAAUCACCCAAGUUGUUGGUCCGGGGGAAGAGGCACACGUUGACACACAUGAAACCUUCAAAAACGACACCUCUCUUUACAUUCAAAUGCUAAGUGUAGAAGAAGCCCAAAGCUUCUCACUCUCCAUGGAGACUAAGAGAGAUAUAAAGAGUGAUUUUGUAUUUUUCCAGUUUGUUGUACAAUAUUCAAAUGUUUAUCAAGCUGACAUAUCAAGAGUAAUGACUAUUCGAUUGCCUACUGUUGAUAGCUUAUCAGAAUAUCUUGGAAGUGUUCAAGGUGAAAUAGCUUCAGUCCUUAUUGCCAAGAGGACUGCCUUGCAAGCUAAAACCCAGUCUGAUGCAGUAGAGAUGCGGGCUACAAUAGAUGAAAGAGUAAAAGAUAUUGCUUUGAAAUUUGGGACCCCGUCACCGAAGUCAAAAAAUUAUCGGUUUCCCAAGGAACUAUCUUCAAUGCCGGAGCUUCUGUUCCAUUUGAGAAGAGGCCCUCUUCUUGGAAGCAUUGUUGGUCAUGAAGAUGAAAGGUCUGUAUUGAGACACUUGUUUUUGAACGCAUCCUAUGAACUUUCCCUCCGCAUGGUAGCCCCUCGCUGUUUAAUGCACCGGGAAGGGGGUACUUUUGAAGAGCUUCCAGCAUAUGACCUAGUUAUGCAGUCAGAUGCUGCUGUUGUUCUUGACCAUGGAACAGAUGUGUUCAUUUGGCUGGGUGCUGAGCUUGCAGCUGAAGAAGGAAAAAGUGCAGCUGCUUUAGCAGCUUGCAGAACACUAGCAGAAGAGCUUACUGAAACAAGGUUUCCGGCUCCCAGGAUUCUUGCAUUCAAGGAGGGGAGCUCUCAGGCUCGGUAUUUUGUUUCUCGGCUGAUACCAGCACACAAGGACCCUCCUUACGAACAGGAGGCGAGAUUUCCACAACUUAGAACAUUGUCCACAGAGCAGCGGACAAAGCUGAAAAGUAGUUUUUACCACUUCGAUGAUCCCAGUUUCGUUGAGUGGAUGCGAAGUUUGAAGUUGAUCCCACCAGAACCAAGUUAAAAGUAGUAAGUAGUAGGAUUCUUGUCUUUUCUUCUCUACUUUCUUUUCAAACUUCUCUUUAUUUUUUAGUGGUGUCUGUUGGCGGUUAUAGGAUCUUUCUCCUUCCACCCACCCUUUCCUCUCCCUCUUCUUCUUCUACAGGAAAAUUUCAUACCGACUGAACAAAUUCGGCAUUUUGUAUUUUGCUCUUACGGACGGUUACAAUAAGCCCUUUUGGACUAACAAUUAUUCCAUGCUUUUACAUGCUAACGUU